GCCCGUUUCUCUUUCACAGGAAAGGAAUAAUGCUGUCAGAAUGUCUGCACACUCCAUGCUCUGUGAACGAAUCGCCAUAGCCAAGGAGCUGAUCAAGAGAGCGGAAGCACUGUCUAGAUCAAGGAAAGGUGGCAUAGAAGGUGGGGCAAAGCUGUGCAGCAAGUUGAAGGCAGAACUGAAAUUCUUACAGAAAGUAGAAGCUGGGAAGGUUGCUAUUAAGGAAUCCCAUUUACAGAGCACUAAUCUCACACACCUGAGAGCCAUUGUGGACUCAGCAGAAAACCUGGAAGGAGUCGUUAGUGUUCUUCACGUGUUUGGUUACACAGAUACCUUGGGAGAAAAGCAGACCCUGGUGGUGGAUGUAGUUGCAAAUGGUGGCCAUACUUGGGUGAAAGCCAUCGGCCGGAAGGCUGAGGCUCUGCAUAACAUCUGGCUGGGCAGGGGCCAGUAUGGGGACAAGAGCAUCAUUGAGCAGGCUGCAGACUUCCUCCAGGCCAGCCUCCAGCAGCCAGUGCAGUAUAGCAACCCUCACAUCAUCUUUGCAUUUUACAAUGGUGUCUCCAGCCCCAUGGCAGAGAAGCUGAAAGAGAUGGGCAUAUCUGUGAGAGGAGACAUAGUAGCAGUCAACUCUCUGUUAGAGCACCCUGAAGAGCUCCAGCUGAGUGAGAGUGAAUCGGAUGAGGAGGGCCCUGAACUUUUGCAGGGGACCAGAGUGGACAGGGAAAACAUACUAGCAAGUGUUGCAUUUCCAACAGAGAUUAAGGUCGAUGUGUGCAAAAGAGUGAAUCUAGACAUUACUACUUUAAUCACAUACGUAUCUGCCCUCAGCUACGGAGGCUGCCACUUUGUCUUCAGAGAAAAAGUGCUCACAGAACAAGCAGAGCAAGAGAGGAAGGAACAGGUUCUGCCUCAGCUGGAGGCGUUCAUGAAGGACAAGGAGUUGUUUGCUUGUGAAUCUGCUGUCAAGGACUUUCGGUCUAUUCUAGAUACUUUAGGAGGACCUGGGGAGAAAGAGAGGGCCACUUUGCUAAUUAAGCGAAUUAGUGUAGUGCCAGACCAGCCUUCUGCGCGUGCCUUGAGACUAGUGGCCAGUUCAAAAAUUAAUAGUCGCUCAUUAACGAUUUUUGGGACAGGAGACACCCUAAAAGCCAUCACAAUGACGGCCAAUAGUGGUUUUGUCAGAGCUGCAAACAACCAGGGUGUUAAAUUUAGUGUGUUUAUCCAUCAGCCCAGAGCACUUACUGAAAGUAAAGAGGCUCUAGCUACCCCCUUACCAAAAGACUGCACAGCUGACAGUGAACACUAACAAUAUUCAUUAAAUAUCAUCAUGCAAAUAAGUUAUUUAUACCAAAGUCUGGGUCUUCCCAUCUAAGUUGGGAUAAAAAAUGGUCUGUAGUAAAAAUAAUCCUUAGAACUCUUAAAUCAGUUUUUUGUCUCAUCUAUAUUUAAAGUAUAUAAUCCCCUAAAGUAGGAAAAGCACAAAAGACAACCUUAUUUAUCAAGCUAUGUUAUAGCAAUUAAGAAGAUAAGUACAUCUGUAUAAGGCAUUUAGCUGUGUUGUAAUACUUUUAUUUGUUUGGUUCAGUAGGACUGUAAUCCCCUGACCGGUAACCACAUUUCAUGGAAUAUGGGUACACUGCAUCUUGCAUUAAAUCUCUGGAGAAAACUCUGAAGCCUAUUUUUCAUUGUAUUGGUUUAUCAGUUGAUGUGAGUUGAGCUGGGAGGUAGUAGUUUAUAAUUCAUUUUACAUUCUAAAGUUAAUGGCCAUUAUUAAUGAAAAGAAGUUUAUUUGGUUGCUAUGUAUCAGGCACAGUCUGCAGAGUAUGUUUACAAAGAGUACAGAAUACAGAAGAAAUGAAAAUAAAGUGAAUUCUGAUCCUGUGCUUGCCAUGAA